AUCCGAUCCCAGCAACCACACUACCUGUCCUCCAUAUACCAGGUUCACCCAUCUUUGAAGCAUGAGUUCACAUCAGCAGAAGCAGCCCUGCACAGCUCCUCCACAGCUGCAUGAGCAGCAAGUGAAACAACCUUGCCAGCCACCACCUCAGGAACCAUGUGUCUCACAAGUCAAGACACCCUGCGACACCAAAGUUCCUGAGCCCUGCCACCCCAAGGCUCCUGAACCCUGCCACCCAAAGGCUCCUGAGCCCUGCCACCCCAAGGCUCCUGAGCCCUGCCACCCCAAGGUUCCUGAGCCCUGCCACCCUAAGGCUCCUGAGCCCUGCCACCCCAAGGCUCCUGAGCCCUGCCACCCCAAGGCUCCUGAGCCCUGCCACCCUAAGGCUCCUGAGCCCUGCCACCCUAAGGCUCCUGAGCCCUGCCACCCCAAGGCUCCUGAGCCCUGCCAACCCAUUGUUCCUGAGCCCUGUCCCUCAACUGUCACUCCAAUACUAGCCCAACAGAAGACAAAGCAAAAGUAAUGCCCAAAGCUGUGCCUUGGGGAGAUGAUCAACAAUGGAUGCUGACCCUCAAUUUGCAUUCUGUUUGAAUAUACUAUGCCCUAAUAUCACAGUCCCACCUCAUUUAUAUUUUAAAAUUAAGUACUACAAAGUUUUUUUUUUUUAUCCUAUUAAUGUUGGGGCGCUGGGUCUCAGAAUUCACCUGAGAACUUGGUAGCUGAGCUAGUUUGUCCUUUCAGAUAUUUUUUCUGAAAAGAGACCAAGUUACAAAUGAUUAGGUUCUGUUAUGUUCCUAUUAAAUCUCCUUACACUCCU